UGUUUUGUUCUCCCCUGCAGGUCUGUGCUUACUGUUGCUUGUGAACAGACUGAAGUGCUGCUUUUUGACCCAAUAUCUUCAAAGCACAUCAAAACUCUCUCUGAAGCUCAUGAAGAUUGUGUAAAUAAUAUCAGGUUUCUAGAUAAUCGACUUUUUGCAACUUGUUCUGAUGACACUACAAUAGCACUUUGGGAUCUGAGAAAGCUGAACACAAAAGUGUGCACUUUACACGGUCACACCAGCUGGGUUAAGAAUAUUGAGUAUGACACCAAUACAAGACUGCUGGUGACAUCAGGAUUUGAUGGAAAUGUGAUCAUCUGGGACACAAACAGGUGCACUGAAGAUGGGUGUCCCCACAAGAAGUUUUUUCACACUCGUUUUCUUAUGCGAAUGAGGUUGACACCAGACUGUUCCAAAAUGCUGAUCUCAACAUCCUCUGGAUAUCUUCUGAUUUUGCAUGACCUUGAUCUAAACAAAACUCUAGAGGUUGGCAGCUACCCCAUUUUGAGAGCUAGGAGGACUGCAUCAAGUUCAGAUAUAACAUCCUCGAGUCUGUCCAGUCCUCGAGCUGUUGGUUCCCCAUGUCACCAGAAUGAUUCGAGUCCAGUGUCUGAGAAGCAGAUGUCACGGUCCUCACAGCGAGAAGGUGGAUCACCUAGAAAUAGUUUGGAGGUCUUAACACCAGAAGUUCCUGGUGAGAGAGACCGAGGCAACUGCAUUACAUCCCUACAGCUACAUCCGAAAGGGUGGGCUACCCUUCUUCGGUGCUCAAGUAAUACAGAUGACCAGGAGUGGACUUGUGUCUACGAGUUCCAGGAAGGUGCCCCCGUGCGCCCAGUCUCGCCUCGCUGCUCCCUGCGAUUGACUCACUGCAUUGAAGAAGCCAACGUUGGCCGGGGUUACAUCAAAGAGCUUUGCUUCAGUCCUGACGGCCGGAUGAUUUCAUCCCCACACGGCUUUGGGAUCCGCUUGCUGGGGUUUGACGCACACUGCAGCGAACUCGUUGACUGCUUGCCCAAAGAAGCUGGUCCCUUGAAAGAAAUCCGUUCCCUGUAUUCUCACAAUGAUGUGGUACUGACAACAAAGUUCUCUCCAACCCACUGUCAGAUUGCCUCGGGGUGCCUUAGCGGACGCGUUUCUUUGUAUCAGCCAAAGUUCUAGGCGCAUUGUACAUCAGCAGGACCUUCAAAUGUUUGUGUUCUAACUACUUCAGCUUAGUUGAAGUGUGUUCUUUUGGAAAUCCCGUAAAUCCAGAUGAGAUCAUAGUUUAUGUGGUCUCGGUUACGUAAUAAUGAUGUGAGUUCCUGGUGCAGCACUGUAUGUGUUCUCAUACUGCAUCUGCAAGUCAGGCUCCAUGCGUUGUGUUUUCAGCCUUAUAGGCAAACCUCAGCUGCUUCUGACCCUGUGCCAUCAAGUCAUCGUUCUGUUUGGUUUUGUACUGUAGUACUUGCUGGUAAUUUUCUUCAGCAUGACUUGAAGUGGGCUGUCUGCAAGAAACAUAGAUGGGAUGCAGGUAGGAGCUCAGCCACAACUCACCCAGGCUUCCCUGGUGCAGCACCUCUCUGUUCCAGAGGACCUCUCCCUUGCUGAAGCUGCCAUACAGUGAUCGUUAAAUAUUGAGCAGGUUUUGUGUGUGCUAGAUUAGUUGGCACAAAAACACAGAAAUUGUUUUGCAUUAAUUUGUUGGGUUUUUUUUUUUUUGUGUGGUUGGCUAGAAAGUCAGUCAGCUUUCUGUAAUGUUUUGCUGUACUAAAAAAAAUCUUUGUAGACUGCUUUUCCUUAAUUACGUAUCUGGAGUUAUUGGUAGAAGGAAGAGGCUCCCAGGUAACAGCAAUUAGGUGACAGCCCCAGGAUGCACCAGGGGAGGUUCGAGUUGGGUGUAAGGAAAAACAACUUCUCCAGAAGAGUGGUUGAGUGUUGGAACAGGCAAUGGCCCAGGGAGGUCACCUGGGGGAUGGUUGGGGUCACCAUCCCUGGGGGUGUGCAGGAGCUGUGGCACUAAGGAACACGGUCAGUGUGCAUGGCAGGGGUGGGCUGGGCUUGGGAUCUUAGUGGUCUUUUCCAAACAUAAGGAUUGUAUGGUUGUAUGGAUUAAGACACGGCUGCAUUUUUUCCUCAGAAGUGAAUCAGAAAUGCCUAGAGUAGGGCAACAGGAGCUGAAUAGGUAAAACUCUUCUGUUGCAUCCGCUGCACAUGAACCUUAGGGAAUGUUUCUUACAGUGUGUAUGAUUAACUGGCAACUUUUAGUCCUCAGCCAGUAGGAUUUCUUUUGUGGGAAGCUUUCCACAUCAGUUACAUAAACCUUCAUCCUGUGUUGGAGAAUGAGCAGUGCAGAAUUUUUGCUUAAGGCCAUUAGGUCUUCUGACUGCUCUGCACCUCAUGUUAUAGCAGGAGUUCACCUUGGGAGUGUUUGUAGUACAACUAGAUAAGUAUUCACAAGUCUAGUCAGUUUGGAUGUGGAUUAGAACCAUUCCUGUCUAAAGUAAGAUCUGUGUGGAUUUAACUGGGGUAAUCAUAAAAUAUGAAAUGUGAUUUAAGGGUGAACAUUGGCACACUAAGUAUGAAUGCCAAGUUUUAACCCUUAGGUUCAUCACAGGCAAAGGGUGGGGAUGGGACGUCCCCAUGGGCUGGCACGGGCUGCUCAAACACACUCCGGAGGCCCCAUCUCUGGAGGUCCUCGGGGCAGCCUGCUCCUGUGGGAAGCGUCCCUGCCCACAGCGUGGUGCUGGGGCUGGGUGAUCCUUAAGGCUGUGUGCUACAACUUUAAAUUUUAGGUGAAUUUUUGUUUAAAAAAAAAAAGAGCCAGAAAAAAACUCUUCAGUAAUGGGUGUUUGAUAAUCUGAGGAUGGUUAGUUACCUCCUGCAUUGGGUUUUCAGUAGCUCUAAAGGCUGGGCUGCUGAAGGACUGCCUUCAAAUAACUUAAUGUACGCUACUGACAACUCCCAUCAAAUUCUCAUCUCAGCUGGAGGAGGAGAGUACCCUUAACCUGAUGUGCAGCAGCCCGUAGUCUUCUCAGACAGCAAAGCAUUAGAACAUUUUCAGACCUCCUGGGCUACUCCCUUGUUGCUGAGACUGCUGCCUUGAGCUCAGAAGAGCACGGAUGAAGUGGCAGAUGAGGACAUGCCUUGUUUUCCAGAGCAGAGCAUCAGCCUUGGUUUCAAACAGCUGUCACUUUAGAAUGCUUUUGGAGCUGUGUGUGAGGAGCACAGUUCUCCAGAAGGAUGCUGUUUGUGUGUGCAGCUGAACUCUGGCAUAACUAACUUCCCAUUUAUUUGUGGUAAGUUUUAGCGAGAACUGGGAGAUUGCAGUUAUUUGACUAUCUUUUUCAGUGGUACUUGGAAGUUUUCAGUCAAAUCUAACAUAUUUCACCUGUGAGUUUCAGAAAGCACUUGUAGAAACACCAUUAAAUGAUUUAUGACUGGGAUUCUUUGCUGUUUCAUCUCGGUGGAAGGAAUGGUAUUCAGUCUGAAUCAUUACACUGUGAAGAAAUCUGUUGCUGAGCUUUUCGAUUCUCUCUAAUUAGCCAAAAAAAGUUACCAUGUUGAAAAAGACAAAUCCCUAGCCUUGCACCCUUAAAAUUCUGAGGGUCCCAGCUACAUAAACCUGCCUGUCUCAAAUAUAGGAAAUUGUUUUAUUUGAUGUAUUAAAGUCUGCACUAAGAGCAAAGUACAGCAGUGGCUUCAAACGUGUUUACCUUUGACCUCCCAAGCGUUACAAGGCUUGAUAGAUUUUGCAGUUUUUCUGAUCAGGAUGGAGCUCCUUGAUUGUAAAGCAUGCAGAUACGUCUUUUAAAUGCAUGGUUUCGUAUUUAUUGAUUUCCACAGUGAAGUAAUUCCCUCAUUCACAGUACAGCUGCUCAGCAGAAGCAGAUAGGCUGCGUCAUCGAGGUCUCUGUGUGGCACUGUCAGCUCACAGCAGUGCGUAUGGAACCAAACCAGUGUCUGAAGGUAGCUCUCCUUUUGUAAUAGUCCAGUGACUGUCUGUUGUAGGAGUAAAUGCAUUUCCCACCUGUUCCAUGGGAGGUUAGUCUUUGCAUCGUUGUAGCUCUGUUACGCAUUUGUAGGAAAGGAAAAAGAAACCUUUAACGGGACUACGAAACGACACCCAUGUCUGUGUACUUUUCCUGUGUGUGUAUUUCAGUAUAUCUGCAUCCACUGGGCGUCGUCGGUCCAACAGGGGUAGUUCAGGGAAAAACAUAACCUCCAUCAGAAUUACUGGGGAUAAAGCACAGUGAUACUGACACACAUCUGUUUGCACUCUUUGAGACUUGGUAAGGACAAUUUGCCUACCACCAGAAUUGGAAUGUAAACAUCAAGUUUUUUGUGUUUUUUUUUUGUUGUUGUUGUUGUUGCUAUUGUUGUUAAUUUGGGCAACACUGAUGUGCAGCAGGUCCCAACACCACGAAACAUGGACCUACUGCUCCAUAACUUGCCCUCUUGAAAGCUUUUAAGAAUUCUAGUUUACAAGAUUCUAAGAAGUAGGAGUAAAAGAAGGUUGAGAACCCUAAUAUUUUUGUUCUGCAAAAGAAAGAAACUUCUAAUUUCCUGAUCUUGGUCAAUGGUGCAUUUUCUUAUGCACUAGGUAUCUUCGUUUAAGCGUAAAGUUUUUAAUACUAGAACAAAUUGUGCAUGUAAAUAUUUUGAAAUACCUGAGAUUUCAUAGUAUGAAGUGUAGCUUUUUCAUACAAUAUAAAAGUAUCAGAACUGCUCUGAAUAUAUUGUACUUACAGCCGUACAGUAACUUACUAUUUGUGGAACGUUUUCCCUGCUUGCAUAAUAAAUUAAACAUUUAAUAA